AUGAGUAAUCCUACCGAAGAACAGGGUUCUUUAUGGACACUGGCGUUGCCAAGUCAAACGUCAUCUGACAUCCGUCAAUUAUACGAGUUAAUGGCGUCGAAACAUGUGGAAGAGAUGGAUUCUCUCAAGGAACAACAUGCUAUGUGGCAAGCGAACAUGGAAAAUCAUUUUGACCAACAAAUGAAGAAAGUUAUGAUUCGAGAGGAGCCGGAAAGAACACGCACUGCUGAAUGUCACCAAAGUCAAAUGGAAGAGUUAAAAGGGUUUUAUUCUCAACAAUUGCAAGCACAAGGUGAUAUCCACGCUGAACAGUUGAAAGACACUCAGAACAUGGUCAAACAACUUCAGGCGGAUGUAUCUGAUUUGAGACGUCAGUUGGAAAUAGCUCACCAACAAGGUCUUGAAAAGGACAGUGCAAUCUUAGGAUAUAAGACUCAAUUAAUAGGAUUGAACGAUCGUUGUAUCGAAUGUGUCAAUCGUGCUGAACAAGCAGAUAUUGAACUAGUCAGCACGCAAUCAGUUUUUGAUCAACUUAGAGAAGAGAAUCGCAAGCUUCGUUCCCAAUUGGAGAAAGUUCCACAAGAUCUAGAGCAUCAAAGGUUACAUGUAGAUGUUACGCGUAAACCAACAGCUUCAUCUAUCUCAGAAGAAGUAUUCAGGAAUGAUGUAUCGCAGGCUGUCAAGGCAUCCCCUAAGCUAUCAUCAGGGUUGUUAUCACCCCCAAGAAGAACAACGUCAACUGUUAGAAGUUUAGGUAGCCAAGGAAUGAAUGAACAGUCAUCUGAGUACUAA